UUGUCUUGUAUCGGUUAUUGCUGCUGCUGCUGUUGUUGUUAUUUGAAUGACCAGAUUAUUCCCAUCCACCUCUUUCUCUUCAUGUCGACUUUCCUGCAAACGUUCAUGCGGAUGCCAUGGUCACGUUUACCACGAUCUUACACGUGAACAAGGUGAUGUCCAUCUUGUUUUAUGUGGUAUUUCUUGCUUAUCUCCGUGGCAUCCAGUCUACCAACAUGGAUCAAGGGAGUUUACCGGAAGGUUCGAUAAAUUCUCUCAUUAUCAAACUUAUUCAAGCAGACAUUUUGAAAAAUAAGGACUCCAAACAGGUGAUAGGUAUUAAGGAAAGUGUUCAAGACCCAUUGAAGAAAACAGACUCUGUUGAGCCAAGCAUAGAUGACCACGAAAAUGUGAAAUUGGGUUUCCCACCAGUUAUUUCAAUGGAUACAGAACUAUUGAGGCAACAGAGACGCUACAGCUCCCCCAGGGUUCUCUUUAGUGACAAUACCCCAUUGGAACCCCCACCGUUAUAUCUUAUGGAGGAUUACAUUGGUAGUUCUGUGGUGGUGAACCGAACGUCUCGGCGGAAGAGGUUUGCUGAAAACAAGAGUCACCGUGGGGAGUAUUCAGUGUGUGACAGUGAAAGUCGAUGGGUCACAGACAAAUCUUCAGCUAUUGACAUUAGAGGACACCAAGUAACUGUACUAGGAGAAAUCAAAAUGGGCCCUUCCCCCGUCAAACAAUAUUUUUAUGAAACAAGGUGUAAACAAGCCAAACCUGCCAAAAGUGGUUGUCGUGGUAUAGAUGAUAAGCACUGGAAUUCCCAGUGCAAAACAUCACAAACAUUUGUACGAGCAUUGACUUCAGAAAAUAAUAAAUUUGUAGCCUGGCGAUGGAUAAGAAUAGACACCUCUUGCGUGUGCGCAUUGUCCAGGAAAAUCGGACGAUCAUAGGUCUGAGUCUCUCUGCCAUAUAAAUUAUUAUGUCUAAAUUAUAUGAUAUGCAUGUAGCAUAAAAUGAUUCUAUUGUUUUAUAUAUUAUAAGUUGUCAUUAUUUAUUAAAUUCCAGCAAACUACAAGAUAUAUAGAUAUAGAUAUAUAUAAGCUUUCUCUCUCAAGAAAUAACAGGAAAGUAUGGAUGGCUACCAUGGGCAGAGCCGUUUUAUGACUGCUUGUGACUUCCGUUCCUCCCCAGCUUUCCAUAAACUGCCUGUAAAAUCUUUGUGUAACAUCAAUAUUUUUCAUUCAGUAUUGUCAAUCCACUGACCACUGAGUAAAUCUGUUAAAAGA